AUGGCCGAGAAAGAACAACUCGUGCUGGUGUUGACGGUCAGGCUUUCUCAACUGGAAGGUACACCUCUCGAAGAAGUUGACCCUCAAGAGCUGAUCGACCUGAGCCAUAAACUCGAUUUGCUGACGCCUGACCAAGCAUCCGCAGUCCAAGCCAAGAUCCAGAGCCUUCAAGAGGCCAAACAGCUGCACGAGGACACGAAAAAAGCUCUGCACGGAGACGUUCUGGCUCUUGAGAAGGAUGUCGACAGUUUCCUCGUUUCAGAGCCAGCGGUUGCCAAGUCGAAGAAGGGCAAGAAAGGCAAGAAGGAGCCAACUGCAUUGACCGUUGAAGACGUCGAACAAAAACUCGCCGACGCCAAUCUGCUCGUUUCAAGAAUCGAAGAAUUGGCGAGCAACCCACAGCUCAGCUCGGAAGACAAACUCAAAGUCGAAGAUUUCCGUCAACGGGUCAACAGUUCCGCCGAUGACAAGCGAAACGUCCUCGCCUCGAUGCUAGACGACUUACAAAAGCACGCGAAGGCCAGUGAAACGAUGAAGCGGCUUUCUGAAGCGCUGGAAAGAACUGAAACUGCGCUGGAGACCAUCCCACAGACGACUGUCGCAAUCACCGAUUUCAAGGAAGCGAUGCUGCCGCAUUUGACAAGCCUCCUGGAAGAGGUUUCCGUUGUGCCACAAGACCUUGAACCAACCGCCAACGAACUUCGAACGCGAGUAGCUACCUUGGAAGGAGCUGUCAACAGCAAACUCGAUGACGCCGUCGCAGAGCAGCAGCGCCUUGACCAACUCAACAGGUCGCUGGAUGAACUGAGCUCCAUCUUGGACUCAGUUGUUCCCAAAUACGAGAAUCCGCAAAAAGCUGGAAGUGGCUAG